GACAGAGAAGCGAAGGGUCCCGUGGUGAGCGCCGCAGAGCCGUGUAGUGUGUGUGUGUUUGUGUGUGUGUGUCAGGUUUCAUUCUGAGAGAGACUCAGGCGCGCAGCAGUCAGAGAAACCCGUCAAAUGGCACGAGCGAAGCACUCGGACUCCCACUAGAGCCGGACCUCACUGAACCAAUAUCUCCAUGCACUUCAAUGAGCAGCAUGCCUCUGUUGAGGUCGUUUUGAAGAUUGAUAUUUUCACGUGAAAAACGGUUCAAUUACCUGGAAGGAAAACUUUAAUCAGUUUAUUUGAAUACGAACCUGCUCAGCCUGAUAAAGUGGUGGUGGAUAAAUAUUAAAUUGACUGUAUAAGCUACGUCUCACAGACAUGGAGGACAUGAAAUUGCGUGUAUCACCUCAGUCCAGUCAGGAGAGGACCUGCGUUCAGCAUCCCAGCCAAAAGCGCAUUUUGACGAACUGGAAGGACGUGUGUGCUAUCUGCGUGUGUUUGAUCUCGUUUGGAGUUUGUGUGUUGCUUUACCUGAGGACGUCGGAUCUGCAGUCCAGGGUGCUCAGUUUGGAAAAGGACCGAGAUCCCCGUAUCUUCAGUUGGAUCUCUCUGGAACAGGUGGAGCCCGUCCUGUGGAGUCGACUGGAUCAAAUAUUAGAGGAGAAACUAGCUGCACGUCUACCGAAGAUCCGGGCGGCUCGGGAUGCACCUCACGGCUGCCUCUGUCCACCAGGUAUGCCUGGUCCACCUGGACGAGCAGGCUUUCCGGGAGACAAAGGAUCAAUGGGCAUUCCUGGAAGAAUGGGCUUAAAGGGAAACCUGGGGGAGAAGGGAGCGCCAGGAGAGCCAGGUCUGUCUAUCAUUGGCCCACGAGGACCUCCUGGACAGCCCGGUACUAGAGGAUUUCCAGGCUUUCCGGGCCCCAUCGGCUUGGACGGGAAACCUGGACAGAAUGGUCCAAAAGGUGAUAUGGGUCCUCGUGGUCCUAAAGGAGUACCAGGUGAACCUGGUCCAAAAGGAGAGAAGGGUGUAUGUGGUGACUACACUCACAGGCAGAUGUUACCCAUCACCGUCCGCAACAUGCCCUCAAUAAGCCCUCUAAUCCUAAAGCGCCUCAAGCAGGGCGAGCCUGGAGCACAAGGACCACCGGGACCUCCUGGCCCCCCAGGGCCUUCGGGGACUCCUGGUCUAAAUGGUGCAAGUGGGCCCCCGGGUAAACCCGGAGAACCUGGAAAACCUGGAAAAGACCCAAGGAUGCUACCGGGGCUGAAGGGUGAACCCGGUGUACCUGGACAUAAGGGUGAUCGUGGUGAAGGAGGUCCAAGUGGACCUGAAGGCCCCAAGGGAAUUAAAGGAGACGAAGGACUGAAGGGAGAAAAAGGCGAUGCUAAUGCUGCAGGAACUGGCAUUAAAGGAGAACCAGGUACCCCAGGACAAGCUGGACCCAAGGGUGAGAAAGGUGAUCAAGGCAUAAAGGGUGAAACUGGCCAGGAAGGCCCAUCUGGACCAAGGGGACCACCUGGUCCGACCGGGGAGCCAGGAAAAACUUUAAUCAACAACAAUGAAAAUGAUAUUCGCAAUGUGCAUUCAGUGGGCGCUCCUGGUCUACCUGGGCCUCCAGGGCUUCCUGGGACCCCCGGUUUGAAGGGUGACGUUGGACUUCCAGGCCCCCCUGGUCUUGAUGGGGAAAAGGGUCCAAGAGGAAAGCCAGGAGAACAGGGACCCAUCGGCCCUCCUGGACUAGAGGGACCACGGGGAGAAGGAGGAGUCAUGGGCUUCCCUGGCCCAAAAGGAGACAAGGGAGUCAUGGGCCCCUCGGGAUCACCUGGUUUAGAUGGCCCUACUGGAGAAAAGGGGGUUUCAGGGCCCCCUGGCCAUAUUGGAUUGCCAGGCCCAAUGGGUCAGAAAGGUGAACUUGGAGAGAAAGGAGAUAAAGCAGAGCUGGUCUAUGGGCCUGCUGGGCCUCCAGGACCUGCAGGGCCAGUUGGGCCAAUGGGAACUCCAGGUUUGUCAGGACCAAAGGGAGAGCCAGGAAUAGGCUUGAGAGGAGAGAAGGGAUCACCUGGACAGAAAGGAGAUAAAGGAGACAGGGGCCAUCUGGGACUCCCUGGGGCUCAUGGUUUAGACGGCAGUCCUGGUCCAGUGGGUCUGAUAGGACCAGCAGGAGUGUCUGGGCCUGCAGGACCAAAAGGAGAAAUGGGGGAAAAGGGCGAUAUGGGAGUAGCAGGACCAAUUGGGCCUCAAGGCAUCCCAGGUUUAGUAGGACCACCGGGAUUAAAAGGAAAUCGGGGGGAGAGGGGCAAGAAAGGCAACAGGGGGGCCAAAGGGGAUAAGGGAGACCAAGGAGCCCCAGGAUUAGAUGCCCCGUGUCCGUUGGGCGAUGAUGGUCUGCCAGUACCAGGGUGUUGGAAUAAAUGAUGUUAAUUCCUGAAUGCCAUGUGUGAUUGUAAAUAGAAUAUUUAUUUUUGUACUUUUUUUUUUUGCCAUUGAUCUGUUAAAAUGAUGGAAAAUACAGCAAACCAUAAAAAUAUUGGCAGGACUUUUGUACAGAUGUUUAUUUUUAUUACUGGUAAUGUUUUUUUAUGUAAUGGACUUUAUACUGUACCUAUGCAUUAUGUCAAAAUGUUUUGAUCAAGGAAGAAAUAUACUGUGGCAGCAUAUGCAUGAUAUUUGUGCAUUAUGUUAACUGAUACGUGCCUAUUAACUUAUUGUAUCAUGGUGUUUUAAUGUGUUGUGUCGGACCACGCUGCACUGAUUAGUGGGGCUGGAGUUACAGAUUGGCCUUGUGUGUAAGAGGAAACCCUUUGCUCUGAGAAUAACAUGGACAUGUUCACACCAAACCUAAUGAUCUUACACUGUAACUGCAUAUGUUUACUGACAAUUUAAAUGACUCAUUUCAAAGUCCAUUCUACAUGCAGUAUAAUUAUCAAGUCAGUAGUUUUAGUGCAUAAAUGAUAAACAUUUGCACUGCAUGACUUAUUUAGUGAGCAUUUCAGACUGUUUUGACUCUAUAUUCACCUGCCAAAUAUAUUAUUGCAAAAUCUGAUUUAGUCAACUGCUUCAUGUAAGGGAAAAAAUGUAAUCUUCAUGCAGUGCUUUCCUCCAUGGGCUUUAUGUAAAUAUACCAGAAUCUUGCCCUUUCAGCCGUUAUUUUCUGUUUCUAUUCUUAUCUCUGACUAUUUAAUAAUAGAAAUUCAAUUUACAUACAAUUUAGUGCUUUUUUUAUUUAUCUUAUAUAUUGCUGCUCACUGUCAAGCACAUCUUUGUGUUUGCUAAUAAGCAUCUACACUACUGUUCAAAACCUUGGGGUCAGUAAAAAUAUAUAUACUGUAUAUAUAUAUUUUUAAAUGCUUCUGCUCAGCUUGGAUAAAUACAUUUAAGCAAACGUGACA